ACUCUGGCCUAUAGAGUGGCUGAUCUUUAAAUAGCUCACUCUUUGUGGCAGUCCCCGCUUACUGCCAUACCACCCUGAGGGCGCUAGAGAGUUGCUGGUGUACAGGAAGUGUUUGGCUGCAGUGGGUGAGAAGGGCUCACCAGACCUCUUUGUGUUUGUUUUGUUAUAAAUACGUCUUUAUUUUCAUCAGUGUACUUUUUUUUUGUGUUUAAGUUUGUCCUCCCAGCAGCGGUUGCUGUUUGGGAGGACCAUCUUUGUUUUUUGUUUUGUUUUUUGCGUCGGUUUUUGUUCUUUUUUUUUUCUCUAUGGAUGGACCAAUGGUAACUGAUACAGCAAUGGCGGGGGAAGCACGGCGGAGGAAUGACAAUGGACUGGAUGAAGGACAAGGAAAUGGUAACGAAAAAGAUAAAGAAACAAGGAGGGAGAGUGUGAAAAGGGUGUAUUUAAAAGAAGCAACGGUGACUGUGGAUGUGGCGCACGUGAAAGACGCGAGGGCCGCAGAUAUCAUCAAAGCAGUGACACAGUGGAUCGGGGAUGGGAGGAUUCCGGCAGUUAGACCGAAACAAACAAAGGAGUACGAGAUAACAUUGGAAAGCGAAGAUGACACAGAGCUUUUAAUAGAUGGACUGAUUAUCAAGGGAGAGAACUGCGAAGUGAAAAGAUUACAGAACAGAGACUACGUUGUCUCCUUCAUGCAUCUGCCCGUCUACCUCGCUGACGAAGAGAUUUUAAAUAAACUGGAGGGAUGGGGAGUUUCCCCAAUUUCAAAAAUGAAGCGGCGUUUUUAUCCGGGCACCAGCAUUGAGGACCGGACGAGAUAUGUAAAGACGCAGUUCCCGAAGGAGGUGGCCUCCCUCCCUUACAGCACAAAAAUAGAAAUGGCAGAGGGUCCACAAUACUUUCGGGUGAUGCACAGCCAUCAGGUGAAGACCUGUCGGCUGUGCAUGAGCCCAGACCAUGUGGUGAAGGAUUGCCCGGAGUUCAAGUGCUUUAAAUGUGAGGAGAGGGGGCACUUCACGGGGAACUGUAACGCCGUGACGUGCCCGGAUUGCAAUUUGGUUUUAAAUAAGUGUGAGUGUUGGAUGGAGGGCGAGGGCGAGGAGGAGGAGGAAGAGCAGCAGGUGGGCGGGCGGGUGCAUGAACGAGACAACGAGCAGCGAGAGGACGAAUCAAGAGUACGAGGCGAAGGACCAGAAUCAAAUAACAAUACAGAACAACAGAAAGAGUGUAACGAACAGGACAUACAAACACAACAGGACGGGGGGAUUUGGACACAGAUCGUUUUGACUGACAGCUUGCAAAGUGCUUUGGAUACUGUGGAACUGGACGAUCAAAGGAAUAAAGAAUUGAGCGAUGCACAACAGGAGGGAAUUUUAUUUACACAGAUGGAUGUGACUGACAGUUUGCAAAAGGUGUUGGACACUGUGGAACUUAACGAUCAGAGUAAUAAGGAACAAUCUGCUACAAAGGAAAGUGAACAAGGAAAAGAAAACGAGGAGACACAGGGGAAAGCAUCAAAAAGAAGAAGAUCCGUAAAGGUAAUGCCCAAUUUAGAGACUGCAAAAAAAAGAGUGCUUAAAGAUGAUGGUAUUGAGUGUACGAAUAAGUAUGAGUUGUUAAAGGGUUUGGAGGAGAUGGACUGAGUUUAUGGGUUUUACGUAUGUUUUUAUAUGUUUUAUGCUUUUAAGAAUUGUUACUUUUAAUGCUAGAGGGCUUUUGGACAUAAGAAAAUUUGAAAAAGUGAAAGAAAUGUGUAAAGGAGAAGAUGUGAUUUUACUACAAGAAACUAACUGGAGGGAAGGGUACAUGACUGAAAUAAGGAAACGGUGGAGUGGAGGGAUUUUAUAUAAUAAUGGUGAUGGGAGGCUGGGAAGAGGAGUUGCGGUUUUAAUAAAAGAAAACUGGUGUAUCAUGUAAAACCAUGUAUAAUG